GUGUUCCUUUGAGGCAGACAGGUAUCCCCCCCUCCCCCCUUAUACCCCUACUUAAAACCCACCACAAGAUCCCACUUUGACAAACUCAGGGCUACAGAGGUAGCAAAUCCAGGGGAGGGGAAGCCCUCCUGUUUGUUGCCCUCUAGUGGGUUUGUUUAUGUGUUGUAGUCUCUGUGAAUGUUAUUUACCACUUGUUAUCAUUAUGGCUGUGUUUGUCCUAUGUUGGUCAUUUGAUGCUAACGGGGUCCACCAUGUUUGUAGUCCUCACUGAAGAUAGGUGCAUUAGGGGGUCAGGCCAGGGGUGUCAGGGUUAACCCGUCAUUUCUUACCUAGGAUGGUCUCUGUCAUCCUAUCUUUGCUGGGGAACACAGUGAGUCACUCUCCUCCUCCACUCUUAUGUGCUCCAACAGCACUCAAAUUGUCUCUAGAAAAUGAUCCUUGUCCCUCACGUGGAAUCCAUCCAUCUCUUAAGAUCCCAAGUGAGGAACAAUGCCCCACAUGCCCUGUCUAUGGUGGCACAAGACCCAGAGUCUCUCACUGAGUGUGUCAAACUAAGCCAAAUAGUUACACGCGGUUUACUCCCACUCAAUCGGACACAGGAAUCUAGUCAUGCCUGUGGCCCAGUGAGAUGUUAUAUGGGAUGGUGGAGACCAGUGAGAGGCUCAGGAAAAGGAAGGUUAAAUAUACUGGCUAGAUUGGGGGGGGUCCAAACUCACUGCUCCCCCAUGCAAGAUAUGUGUGACAGAGGCUGUUCUCUAGAAUCCACAGGGCAUCCCUUUAAACCUGCGGAGAGAAAUAGAGAAUGAAGCAGGCAGAGACCCUGGUGAAAAAAGACGGCGAGGUAAGGGCAUGUUUCUCAUGCAGGGAUGGAUCACAAGUUGUUUCUCUCUCUCUCUCUUUCUUUCUCUCUUCUCUUUGUCUUCUCCUCAGUUUGUUUAUAUAUUUUCUCCUUACUUCCCUCUAUAAAACCAUUGGAGGAGAGGGCCUGAGGGGAGGAACCUCUGACCUUCCCCUCCAAUGACUGUUGACUGAGAUGAGGGGAUUGAGGGCAGACUUGUUAAAAUGAUGUGGCAUUUUUGACAGUUGCUUAAUGUAUCCAAAAUGGUCAAAUGUUACACAUUUUUGGAAAGAAGAUGGACAUCCUCCGUACUGCUCUUAAAUAGCUCAGGCUCCAUGGUUUUUGGAUCUGCUUUUCUGUAAAUUCUUGAUAGGGUGUUGAUAGGCUACUGUUUAAUGUUUCUGUGGUUGAUACUUUUUUAUUUUAUUAUCUGUAUAAAUGUCCAAUGCAUAAUUGUGUUUUAUGAAAAGCACUAUUUUGAAUAGAAAUAGCCACUCAAUAAGUUUUGGAUUGCAAAAUCAGACUUCCGCAUUAAGUGCCAAACAAAUUGAACUGUUGCCAGAUGUGAGGUGUUUGGACCGAGACUCCUCUCAGGCUGGAAAGGGGCCCUCAGAAUGCUGGGCCCUCAAAAUGCUGGGCCCUCAGAAUGCUGGGCCCUCAGAAUGCUGGGCCCUCAGAAUACUGGGCCCUCAGAAUGCUGGGCCCUCAGAAUGCUGGGCCCUCAGAAUGCUGGGCCCUCAGAAUGCUGGGCCCUCAGAAUACUGGGCCCUCAGAAUUCUGGGCCCUCAGAAUGCUGGGCCCUCAGAAUGCUGGGCCUAUAUCAGCAGACUCUGCUUUUGGGCCUUCCAAGUUCUCCCCAAGUCACUACAAACUUUCCACCGCCUAGUUGUUCUGCUGGUAGAACAUCAAUUGAUCUGUGCCAGCUACACUGGACACAGGGUAUCUGUAUUGAUAUUACCCGGAUCAUCUUUGGACAGUGAUAAAAGGGGGAAACCAACGGUAUGUGAUAUGUUACAUCUCCACCCAGUGGACUGAACCAAAAACACAUACAAACCAAAAGACUGAAAUGCUAUGGAUUAAAAUGAACUCUGAGAACUAAAGAUUUGUUAUUUUUAUGUUUUACGUUUUUGUCAUUUUUCCAUUGUUGUCGAUGCUAGUGCAAUGUGUUUUUUUUGUUUACAACACACAAAAGGUUUAAAGGUUUCCUAUUUGCCUCUUUCAAUAAAAAUAAGCUUUUGUCAAAGAUGUGGGUUUGCCGACACUCCCUGUUUGUGGAUAAGUAGCCUACUCCCUAAAACGUUUUUCAGAUUGUGGGUUGAAUGGAAUGCAUGCAUGUCAUUAUAUGUGAAUUUGUGUGCUUCACUGUCCAUGAAUAUUCAUAACUAGAAAAUGAAGAAAGACAGUUAUAAUUGAUUGGUCAACCUUAAUUGCUCUGCUCCAUUUUUGUCUGUGUGUUGCUCUCUUGUAUAAUCUGACAUUAAAUUUCAGGAAGUUUAGACAUAACUGCGUGGUCCCCCUCUACCUCUCCCUGGUGUGACUAUAGGAUCUGUAUAAUAAACGGCCACCAAAGGUAAAUGGCCUUUGUAGUGAAGCGUCUGUUGGAGUACACCCAGCAGGCCGAGACCGACCUGCCCUAUGGCCUGGUGUUGGUGCUGGGGUUGCUGGCCACCGAGCUGGUUCGUUCCUGGUCCCUGGCACUCACCUGGGCCCUCAACUAUAGGACCGGGACCCGUCUGCGUGGGGCCAUCCUCACCAUGGCCUUCCACAAGAUCCUGCGGCUGCGCAACAUCCGGGACAAGUCCAUGGGGCAGUUGAUCAACAUGUGCUCCAAUGACGGGCAGAGGAUGUUCGAGGCUGCAGCAGUUGGCAGUCUGCUGGCAGGCGGGCCCCUCAUAGCUGUGCUGGGGAUGGGGUUCAAUCUGGCCAUACUGGGGCCUACCUCUCUACUGGGCUCUGCAGUCUUCAUUCUCUUCUAUCCUGCUAUGAUGUUUAGCUCCAGACUGACCGCCUACUUCAGAAGAAAAGGUGUGGCCGUGACAGACAGGCGUGUCCAGAAGAUGAACGAGAUCCUCAACUACAUCAAGUUCAUCAAGAUGUAUGCCUGGGUCAAGGCCUUCUCCCAGGAUGUUCGCAGGAUUCGAGAGGAGGAGCGCCGUAUCCUGGAGAGGACGGGAUACUUCCAGAGCAUCACUGUGGGCGUGGCUCCCAUCGUGGUGGUCAUCGCCAGUGUGGCCACUUUCUCCACCCACAUGCUGCUGGGCUAUGACCUCACAGCUGCUCAGGCCUUCACUGUCGUGACCGUCUUCAAUGCAAUGACCUUCGCCCUGAAGGUCACCCCCUUCUCAGUCAAGUCCCUGUCUGAAGCGUCAGUGGCCAUGGAGAGGUUCAAAAGCCUGUUCCUGAUGGCGGAGGUGGAGAUGAUCCGGGCAAAGCCCCACAAUCCCCAGGCUGCCGUGGAGAUGACCGGGGCUAGUCUGGCCUGGGACACAGCCGGACACAGCGCUCAGCCCACCCCCCGCGGCACCCCCUCUGUUGGCUUGGCCCAGAGGCGCGGGAGGCGCAAAAGGCCCCAAGAUGAGAAGCUGGAGGACGAGCAAGAGGAGCAGCACGGGAACCUGCUAAAGAACGGGGAGGUCGAAAAUGAGAUUCCCUCCAGCCCAGAGCUCACUCUCCCACCGAUCCCCAGCAUCAGCCAGCGACUGCAGAGAACACUGCACUGCAUCGAUCUCACUGUGCAGCAGGGGAAGCUGGUUGGUAUUUGUGGAAGUGUGGGCAGUGGGAAGACGUCUCUGAUAUCUGCCAUCCUAGGACAGAUGACCCUGCUGGAGGGCACUGUGGCAGUGGACGGUGACUUUGCCUACGCUGCCCAGCAGGCCUGGAUCUUCAAUGCCUCUCUGAGGGACAACAUCCUGUUUGGGAAAGACUAUGAGGAGGAGAGAUAUCAGGCGGUGCUGAGCGCGUGUUGCCUGAGACCUGACCUUGCCAUCCUCCCCAACGCUGAUCUGACGGAGAUUGGCGAGCGUGGUGCCAACCUCAGUGGCGGGCAGCGUCAGCGGAUCAGCCUGGCGAGAGCCCUGUACAGCGACCGGGCCAUCUACAUUCUGGAUGACCCUCUGAGCGCACUGGAUGCUCACGUGGGAAACCACAUCUUCAACAACGCCAUCAAGAAGCAGCUACGCCACAAAACAAUCAUGUUUGUCACUCACCAGCUACAGUACCUUGUGGACUGUGAUGAUGUCAUCUUCAUGCGGGAGGGCAGCAUCACGGAGCAGGGCAGCCAUGAGGAUCUGAUGCGCCUGAAUGGAGACUACGCUGCCAUGUUCAAUAAUCUGCAGCUAGGAGAGACGCCCUUCAUAGAGGUGCCCAACAAGAAGUCUGGAAACUCGUUAAAGAAACCCCCAGAGAGCACCAAGUCUGGAUCCAUCAAGAAGGACAAACCUGUUAGCAAAGAUGGUCAGCUGAUGCAGAUGGAGGAGUGUGGGCGGGGCUCUGUCCCCUGGUCGGUGUACGGCGUCUACAUCAAAGCCUCAGGCGGGGCCCUGGCCUUCCUGCUCAUCCUGGCACUCUUCGUGCUCAACGUGGGCAGCAUGGCCUUCAGCAACUGGUGGCUCAGCUACUGGAUCAAGCAGGGCAGCGGGAACACUACCGUGAUGGUGGGGAACAGCUCCGUUUUGAGUGUCAGCAUGAGGGACAACCCCCUGAUGCAGCACUAUGCCGGCGUCUACGCCAUGUCUAUGGGGGUCAUGCUCCUGCUUAAAUUUCUAAGAGGCAUCAUAUUUGUCAAGGGCACUUUGCGGGCAUCUUCCAAACUACACGAGGAGCUUUUCCGUAAGAUCCUCCGCAGCCCUAUGAAAUUCUUUGACACCACUCCUACCGGUCGCAUUCUCAACCGCUUCUCCAAAGACAUGGAUGAAGUGGACACGCGUCUGCCCUUCCAGGCGGAGAUGUUAAUCCAGAAUGUGAUCCUAGUGUUCUUCUGCAUGGGCGUGAUAGGCAGCGUGUUCCCCUGGUUCCUGGUGGCUGUGGGCCCGUUAGUGUUGCUCUUCACCGUGCUCCACAUGGUGUCCAGGGUCUUCAUCCGGGAGCUCAAGCGCCUGGACAAUGUCACCCUGUCCCCCUUCGUCUCCCACAUCACCUCCAGCAUCCAGGGCCUCACCACCAUCCACGCCUACAACAAGGGUCACGAGUUCCUGGACAGGUACCAGGAGUUGCUGGACCAGAACCAAGCUCCCUUCUACCUUUUCAGCUGUGCCAUGCGCUGGCUGGCGGUGCGUUUGGACGUCAUCAGCGUGGCUCUGAUCAGCAUCACGGCACUCAUGAUUGUCCUCAUGCACGGGCAGAUCCCCCCAGCCUAUUCUGGCCUUGCCAUCUCCUAUGCUGUUCAGCUCACAGGACUGUUCCAGUUCACAGUAAGACUGGCCUCUGAGACUGAGGCCCGAUUUACUUCUGUGGAGAGAAUUCACCACUAUAUUGAGUCCCUCGCUCUGGAGGCCCCGGCCCGCAUCAAGAACAAGGCCCCCCCUCCAGACUGGCCCCAGGAGGGAGAAGUGGUGUUCGACGGGACAGACUUGAGGUACAGAGACAACCUGCCGCUUGUUUUGAAGAAAAUCUCCUGUACCAUUCGGCCCAAGGAGAAGGUUGGGAUCGUGGGUCGAACCGGUUCAGGGAAGUCUUCUCUGGGCGUAGCACUCUUCCGCCUGGUGGAGCCUUGCGGCGGCACCAUUAAAAUAGACGGCAUCAACAUCUGUGACAUUGGUUUGGCUGACCUUCGCAGCAAGCUGUCAAUCAUUCCUCAGGAGCCUGUGUUGUUCAGUGGUACAGUCAGGUCCAACCUGGAUCCCUUUACUCAGUACUGUGAGGAGUCCAUCUGGGACGCUCUGGAGAGAACCCACAUGAAAGAGUGUGUAUCUCAAUUGCCCUUGAAGUUAGAGUCCGAGGUGGUAGAGAACGGAGAGAACUUCUCAGUUGGAGAGAGGCAGCUACUGUGUGUGGCCAGAGCUCUACUGAGGCAAUGCAAGGUCCUGAUACUGGAUGAAGCAACGGCCGCCAUGGACAGUGAGACAGAUUCGCUGAUCCAGGAGACAAUCCGUAAUGCCUUUCAGGACUGCACCACCCUGACCAUUGCCCACCGGCUGCACACUGUACUUAACUGUGACCGCAUCAUGGUGCUUAACCAGGGACAGUUGGUAGAGUUUGAUGAGCCGUCCAACCUGCUGGCCAACGAAAACUCAAGAUUCUGUGCCAUGCUGGCUGCUGUGGAAAACAAGAUUUCUGUAAGAGGAUGAACAGCACUGGAGGUAGACACAUGUCCGACGGGGGAAGGACACCCCGGCAGGAUCCCAGACAUCCUCUGAGAUCUUGCACUCUUCUUCUGCAUACCCACAGCUUACUGCUCAGCCUGUUCAUGGGUUUUUUACAUCAAGCUACAAUGUGGGUGGGCACUUUGCACCAGGCAAACGCAGCCCUGAGGAUAUGCCUGCUCAGAAAUGAAGGUCAGCCAGAAUGGUCAGGGAACCACUCACACUGUACUGUAAUGUCUUGAGUAAUAUAUAAGAAAAAAAGCUUUACAUGUAGCUAUAUUCAUAGCAUAACUGGUCUGUUUUAUAGGAUAUAUCUAUAUACAUAUAUAUUUACAGUGGUAAAAUAUGCAGUUUAUUUUUUACUGACUCUGUAUGUACAACGUAGUUGUAUGAAACGUAUUAUGUAUAAUUAAUCAUUGAUGUGCGUUACCAUCAUUGCAGUCUAACUUACUGUUGCUUUUUUGCGACAUAAAACAUCUGUAAUCCUUUUGUCUUGUUGUGACUUGAACCCAUGAGCCCUUAAAAACCCUGGAGCUACAGAGGGCCAGAACGGACUCUAUAGGAGGAAAACGUUGCUGCUUGUUUUCAGUGAUUACAGUUUACAGUUGAUUAAAGGCCUUGUUUGUUUUUUUCCCUUUUGAAUCUGUUACUUACUGUUGUCAUUUUCAGAUGUUUUUUUUUUUUUAUAUCUAUAUAUAAUGUUGUUUGCUGUUUAAAAGUUUGUUGUUGAUGUGUCACAGCCCCUUUGCACUGAUGGUGGAGCUGCAGGGCUCACUGGCACUCUCUGCUGGUGGAGAGGGGUCCUGAGACUGUUCUGAGCUGUGUUUUCACAUUGUAGAAAAGAUGCCUAUGUAGCACACGGUCUCUAUUGUUUAAAAAAGCUUUCAUUCUCUUUAACCUGACUCAGUCAACAUGUUUUUGGUGUGCAUAUAGGUGUUUGUUGGUCCACUCGAUAAUGAUGGACCAGAUCAACACUGAUUAAGUCCUGCACUGAGUGUAGGUAAACUGCCUGUUGUGCAGUAUUGAGUUGAUGUUCAAAUUGGUACUGUAAUUCCAAUUAACCUCUAAACAAGCCUUGCAGAAUGUGAGUCUGUCUUUCUCUGUCAUUUUUAUUACUUUUUAUAGCCUUAGCAUGACUUCAUAAUUGCCUUGUUAGCAGGGUAGAGUGAGAGGGUAAAGGAGGGAGAUUGCUUUGAAAUGUCAAUAAAACUAUUUUAAGGUUACUUAA